AUGGCUGGAGGUGUUGUGUCGCCAGGAGGGUGUGGCGCACUGACUCAGGGGUAUAAAGUGUGGCUUCGCUCUAGCAGGAGGCAGUGCCGACUCGCUCUCACCGACACAACACCUCCAGCCAUGAUCAGACCCGUGUCUUUGGUGUGCCUUCUGGCCUCUGCCGCCCUCGCCCUUCCGGGAGGAUACGGAGGUGGACAUGGUGGAAUUAACCUCGGCGGUGGCGGCGGACACGCUGCUGUCUUCUUCGGUGCCGGCGGCCAUGGCGGAGGACACGGUGGCGGAUAUGGUGGCGGCCACGGCGGCGGCUAUGGUGGCGGAUAUGGCUACGCUAGGCCCACCCCUUACGCUUUCGACUACGGCGUCUCUGCUGGGUACACAAACUUCGGCCACAGCGAGAAGGGCAACGGCUACGGAGGCGUGACCGGCGGCUACUGGGUAAACCUUCCCGACGGCCGCGUGCAGAGAGUGUCCUACGUAGCUGACUACGGUGGCUUCCGCCCAGUGGUGUCUUACUCUGGCAAGGCCCACUACCCAGCAAGCUACGGAUACGGCCAUGGCGGCGGCUACCACUGAAAACGCAACCCACCGCAAGACGCCAUGGGAGAGAUGGGGUUUUCAAUGUAAAUGACAGGCACUGAUAUAAAUGAAUGCAAGGAAUAUUUAGUCACUUUUUUCUAACAUGUCUUCCUGGCGUGUCCUUUGGUGUUGAGAAAUUGUGGGAGUAAUUAUUUCACAAAAAGUCAAAAGUAGUAAUCAUAGUUUUUUUGUGAAAAGUUUCAGUCAAAUUCUAUUUUUUAUAGAAUGUUUGCUUGAUUUAACCAGUACCAUAAAAUAUAUCAGUGGCUGACGUGCUCAAGAUAUAACUCAUGGAAAGAAAGUGUCCUGGAAUAUGACAGGGAACGAUUUAGCUGAGAGAGAGAGAGAGAGAGAGAGAGAGAGAGAGAGAGAGAGAGAGAGAGAGAGAGAGAGGAGAGAGAGAGAGAGAGAGGUGGUUCAUUAACGUUAAAUGAACAAAGGUCAUUUGGUAGUCAUUCCAUCUGUGUAUCAUAACUCUAUUUCUUUACUAAUUUAACUGUAAAGUGAUAUAGGUAGUUCACGCUGCAAUAAGAAUACAAGAAAGGUUAGACUCGCGAAUGAUCAGAGUGUCUUUAUUGCUAACAAGCAGUAACUUUAGCCACUUGCUUGAAUUUCUGUGUCUCAGCCACACUUGGGAAUCAAUGGUGUCGUAAGCCUCAAGAAAAUUACCAUAAGAUCUGUAUUUCGUUCGUUGUUUUAGUAUACAAUUAAUUAAGAUGCAUGAUAAGUUAUUUAGAUGUUGUGUGCUUAUUAUCAGUAUGAUAUUUCCAUGUCAUCACAAAACCUUGAAGUGAGGCAUCGUAAAUGUAAUAAUUUUAAGCUCCGACUAAGGCUUGUAAUAAAUGUCACAUGCAA